AUGGAAUAUAUAACUGAUAGUAUUGAACCAACUACAACUGCUGGCAAAAUUUUAUGUUGUCAAUGUGGUGUUUUGAUUGAACCAAAUGCACUGAAUAUGUGUAAUGGAUGCAUGCAAUCACAAAUCGAUAUAACAGAACUUAUUCCUAAGCAAGGUCAAUUACAAAUGUGCAACAAAUGUAUUCGUUAUCUUCAACCUCCAAAUACAUGGAUAAGUGCACAAUUAGAAUCUCGGGAAUUAUUAACCGUAUGUUUAAAACGUAUUAAAGGAUUAAAUAAAGAAGUAAGAUUAGUUGAUGCUGGUUUUAUUUGGACUGAACCUCAUUCAAAAAGAGUAAAGGUUAAAUUAACUGUUCAAAAAGAAGUGGCACAAGGUGCUAUACUCCAACAAACAUUUAUUGUUGAAUUUACCAUAUUUAAUCAAAUAUGUGAUGAUUGUCAACGAGUCGAAGCUAAAGAUUAUUGGAAAGCGCUUGUUCAAGUUCGACAACGAACUUCACAUAAAAAAACAUUCUUUUAUCUCGAACAACUUUUACUUAAACAUAAUGCUCACGCCGAUGCAUCAAAUAUAAAACAAGUUCAUGGUGGUUUAGACUUCUAUUUUGCAGAACAGAAUAGCGGAAGAAAAUUAGUCGAUUUUCUUACGUGUGUUGUGCCAUGCAGAUUUGAAACAUCAAAACGUCUUAUUUCACAUGAUAUACAUAGUAAUAUUUAUAACUAUAAAUAUACAACACUUGUUGAAAUCGUUCCUGUGUGUAAAGAUGAUAUUGUUUGUUUAUCGAAAAAACAAUCAAAGCAUCUUGGUAAUAUUGGUCCAAUAUGUAUUUGUUCACGUGUAACACAAAACGUUUAUUUAAUUGAUCCACAAACACUUAAAGUUGAACCGAUUUCGUCGAAUGAAUUUUGGCGGUCACCAUUUUCAUCUAUAUGUGAUUCGAAACAUCUUGUUGAGUACAUUGUUUGUGAUGUUAACGUUCUUGAUUCAACGUCGAAACCUCAUGUUUAUGGAAAAGAAUCGCAGAAGCAUGCUCUUGCCGAAGUAUUCGUAAUGAAAUCAUCGGAAAUCGGUGUUGUUGAUAAGCAAUAUACAACGAUUAGUCAUCUGGGUCAUAUUUUACAUCCGGGCGAUACUGUUAUGGGAUUUGAUCUACAGAAUAGUAAUGUUAGCGAUCCAAGUUUGAAUGAUUUUGACCUGGACAAGCUACCUGAUGUGGUUCUCGUUAAGAAAAUUUAUGCUGAUAAAAGUCUCCGUAAUCGACGCCGUCAAUGGAAAUUGAAACAUUUAGAUGUUGAAGAUGCAGCAAGUGUCAAUAGCACUAUUGAACGGGAUUAUACUGAAUUUCUUGAAGAUCUUGAAGAAGAUCCUGUUUUAAGACAAAACGUCAAUGUCUACAGAGACGAGAAAAAAAUACAAGAACCAGGAAAUAAUAUCGGUGAUUCAACUGAAGAGGAUACGCCACGUAUCGAUCUUGAUGAGAUGUUAGCUGAUAUGACUAUGGAAGAUCCCGAUAAAAUGGAUUCAUAA